AUGGGAGAUGAGGCACCCCGUGUGACUCCCCGCCAGAUUUGGGCGAACCCGACCACCACGUCGACCAAGACAUAUGCGUCCGGCUGUACUCCAAUUCUUCUACCCAGCGAUGGCAUUCUACACGUUAACAAUUCCUAUACUGUGACCCUCGAUAAAAACGCCGUCUACGAACCUGUUUGUACAGGCCAACCCGAGGAUUAUACUCAUGUCUCUGCCGUCCUUGAUACCCGCGAUCCAUUCUAUUCCUCAGUCACACCACAACUCUAUGCCAUCGGAUGCGCAACGGUCGUCAGUUACGUCCUGGUUAUAAUACUUCUCAUCACACCGCGAACAUUCUACGUUGGAGGACCUGGGGGUGGCGCGAAUUUCCUCGGACGCCAUGGGAUGAUCAGCGGCUCGUAUAGUGGAAAUUCCUCAGUCGUCGGAGUCGGAGGUCGCCCCUGGCUGCAAAAGGUGGCCGCGAUUCUCGUUGCUAUAUCCUUGACGAUUGCCACAGUUGAUUCUUUCCGAGUCGCGGAGCGCCAAUAUGACUAUGGAUAUUCCGACGCGGAGGCACUUUCUGAAGAGGUGAUCGAUGGGUUGGAGAUUCGGAUCGUUCGCGUCAUCUCGAGUACAUUCUUGUGGUUGGCGCAAGUCCAAACCUUGAUUCGACUGUUCCCACGACAUAAGGAGAAAGUCAUGAUCAAGUGGGCUGGGUUUGCGCUGAUCGUCUUGGAUACCACAUUUAGCAUUUUGGAGAACUUUUGGUUCAGGAAUACCUCGACACAUCCGAGAUUAUACGAAGAUGCGAUUCCCGCACUCAGCUAUCUGUUCGAACUGGCUCUCAACCUACUAUAUGCCGCAUGGGUGAUCUUUUACUCGAUCUCGAAACAUCGUUUCGCAUUCUUUCACCCGAAGAUGCGCAAUAUCGCCUUGGUUGCGCUCUUGUCUUACUGCGCGAUUUUGAUACCGGUCGUCUUUUUUGUUCUGGAUAUCGCACGGCCGGAGAUCGCCGGAUGGGGUACCUACAUCAGAUGGGUUGGAUCUGCUGCCGCGAGUGUGGUAGUCUGGGAGUGGGUGGAACGCAUAGAAGCACUCGAACGAGACGAGACGAAAGACGGAAUUCUCGGAAGAGAAGUUUUCGAUGGUGAUGAAAUGCUCGAAGUCACUCCUUCGGAAGAGGUUGAUUGGCCACGCUAUACGGGGCAUGGCGACAAAGGAGGCGGGCAUGGUGCAUCGUCCGGAUGGGGUGGAGUGAUGGGUCUGGGCCAUCGUCCUCUUCGAACUCGAGUGGGAAUCCCUCGUGGUAAUCGCAAUCGCAACAUGGGAGGAUUGUUGCCGAACACGAACAAUGCCACUUUCCCGCAGAACAGCACCCGUCCUACUCCACCACCGGCUGCUGUGACCCCAGUCAGCCGGGCUGAUACUACUAGUGCGGCAAGCACAGUAUAUAAUGUUCGAUACCAUCCGGUUUCUAGUCCUACACCACCAGUGACGAUGCCGCAUAUGGUGGAAGAAGAGGAAAUGGAGGAAGCAAAGGAACCCGAGAUCGAAGACAGACAAGAUCAUAAUGGAACCGAUCAAACCCCACCCCAAGCAGAGGCCAGAGAACAGUCCCCUCAGAUUGUCCAGGACCCCCGCUGGCGAGCUAUUCUCAAUCCUUUCAGGCGGAGACGUGCAUCCCUCCCACGGGAAGUUGCUUCCGCACAAGCCGGUGGAGAGCCUGUGGGCCAAGACGAAUCUGAGUUAUAUGACGAUGAUGAGCCUGAUGGGCAGGAACCAGACACGCAACCCAAUUCGCAGGCCAAAGUGAAACCCCUUUUCUCUCGCAAGGGACUUUUGGGCUCGGGACAAGCCUCGGAUACGCCACUGUCGGUUACUGUCAUCCCUGCUCGUCGAAGGGGACAACAUCAUACAUGGUCUCCACAAAAUCGACUGCUUGACUCAAGCAGCGCACAUCAAUCGAGAGCUAGCCAAGUUAGCCAAACCAGUCACGAACCCCGAUCUACCCGUCCGGAUCUUCCCGUGAGAGUGAUCCCCUCCCAGCCACAGGCUUCCGCCCCCUGGAGCGAUGCGGAUCUUGAAAAUGGGGAUGGGGACUACACUCUACGAUAUGACCCUGAAGCAGCGGCGCUGAUCGAUGAAGAUGUGGGCUCUCAACCCGAAGAACAUACCGUCAUCGCCGACCAAGCCAGCUGGACCGAGACAACAGUUUCAGAGGAUAGAGACGACGCUCUUUCCGAACAUGGUGGCUCUGGCUCACACCAGCCGACUCGUAGGCACGAGUCUCCUUGA